UUUCCCCAAAUUUAACGAACACAUAAAUUUAGUUUUUUCUCUCUUUCUCUCUCUAUCACAUUCACAGCCGUUCUUCCACAAUUUCUAACCUUCUUUCCCUCCAAUUCACUAUCUGUCAGUCAUGAAACGGGGGCACCAAGGUUCUCCAUCCGGACCUCCUCAAUCUCGAUUCAAACCCAACCCAGAAGGGGAUGGAGAAUUUCUUGAAGAUGAGAGUACGAAAAUUUAUGCACGGGAUGUAGCUGAUCAUUACAGUGCAAGAACAAACCAGACAUUAGAAGAACGAGAAGCUAGUCCGAUUAUCCAUUUGAAGAAACUUAACAACUGGAUAAAAAGUGUCUUAAUUCAGCUUUAUGCCCGGCCUGGGAAUGCUGUUCUUGAUCUCGCAUGUGGAAAGGGUGGGGAUCUUAUAAAGUGGGACAAGGCAAGGAUUGGAUACUAUGUUGGAAUUGAUAUUGCGGAAGGCUCGAUAGAAGAUUGCCGUACGCGGUAUAACGGUGAUGCGGAUCAGAAUCAGCGUCGUAAGAAAUUCAAAUUUCCCGCCCGCCUCUUAUGUGGAGAUUGCUUUGAGGUUCGGCUGGACAGAGAAUUGGCAGACGAUGGCCCUUUUGACCUUUGCAGUUGCCAGUUUGCCUUGCAUUAUUCAUGGUCUACUGAGGCACGUGCACGACGAGCAUUGGCUAAUAUUUCAGCAUUACUUCGACCAGGUGGCAUCCUAAUUGGAACGAUGCCUGAUGCCAAUGUUAUUGUCAAGAAGUUCAGAGAAGCUGAAGGUCUAGAAUUUGGAAACAGUGUCUAUUGGAUACGUUUUGAUGAGGACUCUGCUGAUAAGAAAUUCAAAGCAUCGAGUCCUUUUGGAAUCCGAUACAAGUUUCACCUAGAGGAUGCUGUCGAUUGUCCUGAAUGGGUUGUCCCUUUCCACGUCUUCAAGUCACUGGCAGAAGAGUAUGACUUCGAGCUAGUGUUUGCAAAAAACAAUCAUCAAUUUGUUGAAGAAUACUUGAAAAAGCCAGAAUUUGGUGAUCUUAUGAGGAGGUUGGGUGCUUUGGGUGAUACCCAUGAUAAGAGCACAUUGACACCAGAUGAGUGGGAAGUAGCUUAUUUAUAUUUGGCUUUUGUGCUGAGAAAGCGAGGGCAACCGGACCCAACGCAGAAGUGGAGUAUGAAAAAGGGCGACAAUGAUACGCCCAUUAAAAAGGAAGACAUAAUGUACAUUACUAGUUGAGUUUAACAGGAUAACAUUUAUUUGACUCUCAAAACACAACUGCCAAGCUGGGACAAGUCCUAUUCAAGAUGCCAAACUACAGGCAGACGUUCAGACCUACAACUCGGGGGUGUGCUUUCUUUCAGUUCCAUGCUUUGCUGAAUGUAGAUUAGUGUACGAGUGUCAUAAGCCUCUCUCCUUUUAGAGAUAGCAGACCAGGAUCGGAGAAACUCUACUUCUCCAUGAUUACGCCUCGGAUCACCCCAGUUUUAACACUUAAAUAAGGUGGUAGGAUACUGAUGAUGAUGAUGAUGAUGAUAAUGAUAAUGAUAAUGAUAAUGAUAAUGUAACUCUUUUGUUUCAUUUGUUUUUGUCUACUUGCUAAAACAACUAGUGCUUUUGUUGUAUGUUUAAUCAUUAAAUAAAACAUGAUUAUAGGAGAUCUUUUUUUGUUAAAAACACAA